UUCAACCCACUAUCUAGCUAGCAGCCAGCAGAUAGCUGCUCACCUCUGCUCGUUUUUAACUUUUUUAUGUUUGGUAUCAGUUGUUUUUAUUUUAUUUCAUUUUUUUACUCGCUCCGUAAAAAUACCGAUAGUGGUGUCUUUCUGCUUAUUUUUGCUGGAAUAAGAUGGUCGUUCUGACAAAUAACAAUGAGGAGCAGGAUUAUAUCCUGAUAGAGGAGCGUAAAUGCACCUCAUUGCACAGCUCUCCUGCCAAGCGAGUGUCGCCAACCAAAAAGAAGCAGUUCUAUAUCAACCAAGCCAUCCGCAACUCUGACCUCACUCCCAGGGCCAAAGGCAAGAAGAGCCUCCGCCGACAGGAGAACACCCGCUUUCUUGCUAACCUCCUUGAGAAGGAUGAGUGCUCCAAAGAUGAUCUGGAAGUUUGCAGUAACCCGGCCAUCCCAUCCAUCUUCUCUGAAGUCUGCGCCAAUGGAAACUACAUAGAGCCAUGGAAUGACUUCAUGAAUUGCUCCGGUGAGGAGCAGGAGAGGCUGCUCUCUCUCCUGGAGCAGGAGGGAUCCAAGAAGAAAAACAACAACCAGCUCCUCGAAGACCAGAGGAAUGUAAAUCCUGCCUUCACUGCUCAGGACUGCUUCCAGAGAAUCGAUCGCAGGUUGCGAGCGACUCUGAGGCGAAAACAAAUCCCCAUGGGAAAGCUGGAAAUUCUGGAGGAAAACCUUCUGAGCUUCUUCAGUGCUCAACCUCACUCAGUUUACACAACCAACCUCAGCAGCAGCUUUGAGAGGCUGCUGCUUCACGCCAUCUGCCAGUAUAUGGACCUCGUCUCUGCAAGCAGAGACUACAACGGCUUACGUCAGACUGAAGUGGUGAACAAACAAGAAGAGUUCCUGCCUCCGAGGCUCCUGCUCUCUGCCUACCUGGAGCAGAUGAGUUGAGGACAGGACCACGCCCUUUUCUCUGUUUCUUCCUGAUGCACGCAGGAGCUCUCUGAAAUGUAGAUAUGAUGUGCAGUCUUCACGCGUUGUUUGUAAUAUCCACCAAGCUCAGAUGUCUGCUUCUCUUUUCUCUACUUGGUCAAUUUUCCAUUAAUUAGAUCAUAAACAAAUCAGAACUGAUCACAGGAGCGUGUAAAAAAAAAGGUUAGUUCAUACUUAAAGUUGAAUUUUAAACCGUAUGUUAUGUAAUAUGUAGUGCGUGUGCAGCUCAGCACAGCAGAGUCCAAACACAAAAGGGUCGACUCCGAUCUGAGGCUUACAAACUGAUACCUGUUUGAUGUUGGUAACUUGACCUCCCCUGUCACACCAUCCUCAGGCAAAAACAGGAAACAGUUUUUCAUCCAGCCAGCAGUGCUUUCUGCUGUAUAAUAGUGCAGAAUCACAGAGCAGUUUUCCAGCACUAUUUGGAAUCAGCAUUAGGAAUGAAAUGAUAGAUUUAGGUCUACACAUAAAUAUACCAACAUGAUAGAGAUUACGCUUGAAUUCAAAAGGUAAUGGGGUGAUUUGAUGUCUGUGUAGGUUCUCAGUCAUCCAGAGACAGUGAUUGUGAUAGUGUUGUAUCAGAACUUAUUCAUGAGCUUUAACCACAAGCUUAGGAAACAUGAAACAUCUUCUACACCUGCAACAAAUAAGAAGAAGAUUCAAGAAGACUUUAUUGUCAUUAUAUGUAACAUAUAACAAAAUUUGCGUUCCAGUUUAUAUAAUAAUGAGACAUUAUAGGAAUAUCUUAUAAUAACUGAUAGAGUAACAGCUGCUGAAGUUUACAAACAGCUGGCUUAACACUUAACAAAGCAAUCACAGUAAAUUACAGCAGUAACACUUCAACGUAGUGGAAAGCAUGCUGUGUAAGCACUCAGAUUUGCGCUUCUGUAAGGAAUCUGCAGUGCUGAUAACAAAUGAGUGUGUAAAGGUUUUAAGGCAAUUCUUAAAUGAAAUGCAUCAUUGUCUGAAAGAGUAACCUGUAUGAAGCAUUUAUAUUAAUAUCUCUUUAUGCACAGACACAUCAGUCAUGAUAAAGCAUUUCUCUCAUUCAUUGCUACUUGUUAUCCUCUUACUAUGUUCUCUAUUAUCUAGAAGAAAAUUAGCUUUUGGGGCUGUUUUUCUGUUAGCUUUGAGAUGAUGUCCUGUCUACACUGGAUUUGAGAAACUCUUACAGUUGAAUCAAAGGUACCUUUUCUGUCAGCUGAGUAGCAGCUUUAUCCACUGUCGCCUGUAACACCGAGUUCUGCUUCCAGUACGUGUGCGUAACACGUGGGCAUUAGAUUCAGCGUUUUGUCUGAAAGAUUCUGAAUGCACAGCAGAUCCAGUGCAGACACUGACACACGGCAGCUGCUUUUCACUUCACUUUUUCACACCGCUGUAGACAAGCUGCCAGUGCUAUUUCAGUAAUGGCCCGAUAUUUAAGAUGAUGAACUGAUUAUUGUGUGUUUUGGUGUAUCAACGUGCAGAGUGCUGUCUUGGUUUACAUUAACAUACACCUUUUAACUGCUAGCACAGUUUAAAUGUAUACUUAUAUACAUUAGAUGGGGGAUAAAACCUGCUGAGCCUUGACUCUCAGGUAUGUUACAUCUCAGUAUUUACAUCCCUGGAAAAGUACUUCUGCCUUAUGAACACAGUUUCUAUGUUUUCUCUGUACAAUUUUCCACUUUGUACUUGACUGGAUUUUAGAAACGUGUAUCCAGGUUCUUUAAAGGAAAAGGAAAGACCUUGUUUCCGGUUUCUUUUUUUAUAAUGCUGUCGGCAGUGUAACAAAACUUGACCUGUUGGUGCAUUUUGUCAACAACCAAAGUGUGCGUGUGGAAAUCCAACUUUCUCAGGCUUUCACUCUGAAUGUCAUGUAGUGCUCAUUUCUGUGUACUGUGUUCUCUCUUGAGAUGAACCUGUUUGGAUUAUGUUCACCCUCGGGCCCUGCCAAACUUUCCUGUACUUGUACAUGUAAUUGUGCUGUAAAUAUUACACUUAAUUGACUUGUGCCAACGUUUGGAUUUAAAAUGCCUAAACAGUCUGAGAGCUUUAUACACUAAACUGAAACAUCUUUGUGUAUAUAUGUGUGUGUAUUAUAAGUAUCACUGCAAUUAUUAAAAGGAUUAAAGUUUUCUUUUUCCAUUUU